GUUGAGUAGUCUGCCAUGGCCCAGCUGCGGUGGCCGCUGCCGCGUCCCGGAGCUCCCUCUCCCAGCGCGCUGCUAAGAAAGAAAGAAAAUGGCGGCCGGCGGGACCGGAUCACAUUCUUGCGCGACCAUCGUGCCGUGCAGGGGGCGGGGACACCGGCACGGAGAUCUCGCGAGGUUGGGGAAGGGGCGGGGCGAGCUGGGAAGAUUCCAGGAACUGGGCAGAGAGAGUGGAGGCGGCGGCGCAGCGCCAAAGUUCUCGCGAGAUCUGUAGGUGACGCCGAGGGGGAUGGCGUUCGGGUCCCGCCUCCGUCGCCUUUCGUUGCUGCUGGCGGCAGGGCGCCCGCCCCCUCCAGCAAGCAAGCUCGGUUAGGAAAUCUAAGUUCAUUUCAAGACAUUCGGAAUGGGGAAAGAUAUUAUUCCAUUUUGGGGAUUGAGAAAGGAGCUUCUGAUGAAGAAAUUAAGAAAGCUUACCGCAAACAAGCCCUCCGAUUCCAUCCGGACAAGAACAAAUCUCCUCAAGCAGAGGAAAAAUUUAAAGAGGUGGCCGAAGCCUAUGAAGUUCUGAGUGAUCCUAAAAAGAGAGAGAUCUAUGAUCAGUAUGGGGAGGAGGGCUUAAAAGGAGGAGCUGGUGGAACUGAUGGACAUGGAGGUACCUUCCGGUACACCUUUCAUGGAGAUCCUCAUGCCACGUUUGCAGCAUUUUUCGGUGGCGCCAAUCCUUUUGAAGUCUUCUUUGGUAGAAGAAUGGCUACUAAUAGAGAUGGUGAAGAAAUGGAAGUAGAUGGAGAUCCUUUUAGUGCCUUUGGUUUCAGCAUGAAUGGGUAUCCUAGGGAGAGGACCCCAGUGGGUUCAACUCGACCCAGGCAAGACCCCCCAGUUAUCCAUGAACUUAAAGUAUCUCUUGAAGAAAUCUAUAAUGGUUGUACCAAACGAAUGAAGAUUUCCCGAAAAAGGCUGAACCCUGAUGGGAGAAGUGUUAGAACAGAGGACAAAAUUCUCACCAUUGAAAUAAAAAAAGGAUGGAAAGAAGGAACAAAAAUCACUUUUCCAAGGGAAGGAGAUGAAAUGCCCAAUAGUAUUCCAGCGGAUAUUGUUUUUGUCAUUAAAGAUAAAGAGCAUACACAAUUUAAGAGGGAUGGAUCCAAUAUUAUCUAUCCCGUCCGAAUCAGUUUACGAGAGGCCUUGUGUGGCUGCUCCAUCAAUGUUCCCACAAUGGAAGGAAGAACCAUCCCCAUGACGAUAAAUGAAGUUGUGAAGCCUGGAAUGAGGAGAAGAAUUAUAGGCUAUGGACUGCCCUUUCCAAAAAACCCUGACCAGCGGGGCGACCUGCUCAUAGAGUUCGAGGUGAACUUCCCAGACACCCUAUCCUCGGCAACCAAAGAAAUCCUUCGCAAGCAUCUUCCCACCUCCUAGGAGGAUGAAGGUCCCGCUGGAUUACCAGGGUUUUGGCAAGGCUCUGAAUAGAGCGCCAUAGACAAAGUGGGGUGAAUGCCUCGAGGAUUCAGUGAUAUGCAUGAAUAGAGAGGGUCAAAUAAAGGGCAAAAGGGAAUUUGCAGUUAAAUAUGGAGAGGAAAACCACUUACUAUAUUUUGUUUUCUUCUUAACCAGAAAUUUCAUUCACAAUUUUGCAUACAUGUAAAAUUUAGUUGUUUUAUGAAGCUAGUGUACAUAUUGCUAAUAAAGUACUCGAAUAUACAAGUACUUUAUUUCUUAUGUAUCUACAUCAUCAAUAGAAGAUGCUGCCAUUUAUACUGGAGAGCAGAAUUCACAAGUGAAUGACAUGUCAUAUGCAUCUUCUGGGACAUUUUAAAGAGGCUAUUUAAAAAUAGAGAAAUCAGAUUUAAAUCUGCUUCCAUAGUAAUGCUCUAGGGCUGGUACCCUGAUAGAGAAAUUACCUGGUAGAUAGAUUUCAUUACUUUGAUUUUCAAAAUGUGAAUUUAUGUCAAGCUAUUUUUUCAGCUGUGGAAAUCCUAGUUACCUGAACCUACUGGGUAUUUCAAAAUAUCAGGCUCAUUUAAAAUGUCAUGUGUGAUUUUUAUCUGUGAAAGUAGUUAUGUAUGUAUGUGUAUAUGUGUAUAUAAAUUCGCGCCUCCCGACUCCCAACUCUAUAUAAAUAUACACAUAUACACAUAUAUACCCAGCAAUGUCUGUGCUCACAGACAUGCCUAUAUACACAUGUUGGGCUUAUGAAAUUAUAGACUCAUCAAGCACUGGCAUAAAUGAUUUAUUUCAAAAUGAAUGUGCUCCUCAAGGCUCUUGUUGGGUCUGUUUUUCAAUCAUGUAGUCAUUUUCAUAGUGUAUACAAUCAUGCUAUAUGACUCAAUUUAAGUAGUUCCCAAAAAGGAACAAAUAAAUAACUACUAUAGUGUUACAAUCAAAAUACAGGGAAAAACAAUGACUGCUGCUUAUGAUAAUGUUGCUAACUAUAUAAUGUGUGUAUGCAUGUAAAAUGGUUUGUUUCCAUAUGUACAGUAUUGUGUUUCUCAUGUUUUUAAUUUAAAGAUUGUAAACUUAUUUUUAACUUUCUUUGCUUUUGUUACUGUAGUGAGAAUGAUCUUUUGAAACAAUGUGUUCAGUAAAAGUAUCUGAUCCCUGGGUCUAGAUUUAUUCUGCAUGUCAUUGUUAAAAUACUUUAUCAGACUUCAAUUAUGCCAAGUAAUACAGAAUUCAAUCGCAAUUUAAAAAUCAUAGUAAUGAAAUACUGCAUUUCACAAAUAAGAUCUUCAGUAGUUUAUAUUUUUGUAAAAAUCUAAGGCUCACAAAACAGCAAUGAAUUAAAUUAUUCCUACCUAGCA